UGAUGGUGGUUAUGGAGGACUGGUGGUGGUGGUGGAAAGGAUUUAAGAGGAUGGGUAUUGUGGGAAGUUUUGGGGAAUUUAUUGGGUUGUGUGGAGUGAAUUGUUCUAAAAAAAUUUAAUGGGUUAUAUGAAGAAAGUGGGCCAUGUGGAGUAAAUUGUGGGUUGCGAACAGUGGCCCCCUUAUUUGGAGUAUUUUGGUUAUUGGAAGCUAUUUUAAUUAUGUUUAAAAUCGAGGUCGUGUGGAUAUUGUGAAAGAUAUUUCGAGUAUUUUGGUUAUCGGAAGCUAUUAUUAAUUAUGUUUAAAAAUCGAGGUCGUGACAUACAACCCCAUUGUGAGCGAUAUAUUCUAUAAAUACCAAUUGAGAGAUGUGUGUACUUUACCAUUGGUUUUCUUAAAUUUCUGUGUUUUGUUGGUCUUCCCUGUCGGGUAAGUGAUGUUGAAUGCGAUUCUAAAUUUAGUUGUUAUUGCCAAAGGUGUUUCCUGUUUGGAUCUAAAUCUUUUCUAUUGACGUGUAACUUUAUGAAAUUUGAUUCGCAUUUGAUGGGUGCCUGAGCAUACUCUUAAGAAGGAUUUGGCUGUUCAAAAAGUGUUGGCCUUAUUCCCGAAGUAAUGAAAUUCUUUUGAAGUGUUGUCAUUAUCUUUUGAAGUGUUGGUAUUGUAAGCAUGGCCUGUGCAAUAUGACUUCUAUAUACUGUUCAAUCUGAGGAGGUGGAAGAACCGCUUGAGGAAGAGGAAUUGGAGGAUGGCAUUCAAUCUGUUGACAGUCUUUCAAGUUUAUGGACGUGUCUUACAAGGUCAAACUGGAUAACAGGAGCAGAACCACCAACAUCACACGGAUGUUAACAACAGGGCCUACAGCAUCAACGUCCACGAUCACUGAACGGACGAUCCUAAGCGGCAUAACCGGGAUGGUCUCCCCAGGCGAAAUCCUGGCCGUUCUCGGCCCAUCGGGUAGCGGCAAAUCAACGCUUCUCAACGCGCUCGCUGGAAGACUCCAAGGUCACUGCUUCACCGGAACAAUCCUCGCCAACGGCAAGAAACCCACCAAACCGGUCCAGAAGCGAACCGGGUUCGUGGCCCAGGACGACGUCCUCUACCCCCACUUAACCGUCCGCGAAACCCUCGUGUUCUGCUCUCUCCUCCGCUUACCCAAAACGCUCUCCACAAAGGAAAAAACUUUAGUCGGAGAGUCCGUAAUUUCCGAGCUGGGCUUGGCUAAAUGCCAAAACACCAUAAUCGGUAACAGCUUCGUGCGCGGGAUAUCGGGAGGGGAGAGGAAGCGGGUGAGCAUAGCGCACGAGAUGCUGAUGAACCCGAGCCUGCUGAUACUGGACGAGCCGACGUCGGGUCUGGACGCGACGGCGGCGUUCCGGCUGGUGGCGACGCUGGGGAGGAUGGCGGAGGAGGGGCGGAGGACGGUGGUGAUGUCGGUGCACCAGCCGUCGAGCCGGGUGUACCAGGUGUUCGACUCGGCGCUGGUGUUGUCGGAAGGGAGGUGUAUUUACUUUGGGAAAGGGAGUGAGGCCAUGGGGUAUUUCGAGGCGGUUGGGUUCUCGCCGUCUUUUCCGAUGAAUCCCGCUGAUUUCCUGCUCGAUCUCGCUAACGGCGUGUGCCGUAUCGAUGGUGUAAGUGAAAGAGAGAAGCCAAAUAUAAAGCAAUCCCUUGUAGCCUCCUACAACAAUUUACUAGCCCCCAAGGUGAAAGCUGCAUGCACGGACACACCACCUAUGGAACCAAGAGAAAAGUCGACAACCGGAAUUAACAUUGGAAGCAACAUUUUCACCUGGUUCAACCAAUUCUCCAUUCUCCUCCAGAGGAGUCUCAAGGAGCGAAGGCACGAGGCCUUCAACUCCCUUAGAGUGUUCCAAGUGCUCGCGGCCUCCAUGUUAGCCGGUUCCAUGUGGUGGCACUCAGUUUUCCACGACAUUCAGGACCGACUAGGCCUCCUCUUCUUCAUCUCAAUUUUCUGGGGUGUCCUCCCCUCCUUCAAUGCAGUCUUUGUGUUCCCUCAAGAACGAGCCAUCUUUCUGAAGGAACGUGCUUCUGGUAUGUACACCCUUUCAUCAUAUUUCUUGGCCAGGAUAGUUGGGGAUUUACCGAUGGAGCUCAUUCUGCCCACUAUAUUCAUCACCAUAGUGUAUUGGAUGACCGGUCUAAAUCCCAAUUUUGGUGCUUUUCUUUUGACCCUAAUGGUUCUGCUCGGCUACGUGCUUGCCUCACAAGGCCUUGGGCUUGCCCUGGGCGCGUUGAUCAUGGACGCUAAACAGGCGUCCACCAUAGUUACUGUCACAAUGUUAGCAUUUGUGAUAACGGGAGGGUUUUACGUGCAUAAGGUGCCGGCUUGCAUGACUUGGAUGAAGUAUGUGUCUACGACAUUUUAUUGCUAUAGGCUUCUUAUCAAUGUCCAAUACGGGGGAGGUAAGGGUAUAUCAUCUCUUUUGGGUUGCUCGCGCUAUGGAAGACACCAACAUUCUAGCUGUAAGUUCAUUGAAGAAGACAUUGAAGGACAGAUUCACCCGGCAGUAAGCAUUGGAGCAUUGCUUUUCAUGCUGGUAGGAUACCGGUUACUAGCUUAUAUUGUGUUAAGGCGUAUCAAAGCAUAAAAAGACAGCAGGUGAAAAAACGAUAGACGCUGAUGCAUUUUUGGAUAAGCGUCAAGGGUAAUAUGCUGACAGCAUUGUUUCACUCUCAAUGGAGCCAAUGAUCUACCAAGAGGGAUCGAUGCUGUUUUUUCAUAUGUGAAUCUGGAAACUCUGUAAAGUUUCUUUCUGGGUAUGUACUAUCCAAGCAUGUGUUGAAGCCAGACUUACAGCUAGAACUCCCCAUUUGCCAACACCAUGGUUUAGUGCCUGGGGAUGGUACAAACAGGUAGCCUAUGGGAAAAUAAUGUUUGUUGGCGGCAGUUUGGGCCUAUUAGAUUUAUACUAACUAUGGCGAGAUUGCCAUAUAGGAGGAAUUUGUGUAGAAGUAAAUGUAAAAAUUCCAGAGAACAAUUUUUUUUCUUUGUUAUUUAAUUUCAAAAUUGGCAAAUUCAAAGGCCAUGCAUGUGUACCUGAACCGGGCCUUAGUUGUAACAUAGCAAUAUUUUCCCAAGAAGAGAACCAUUUUUGGGAGAAUGGUUCAUGUGGCAUAAAUGGAAUGAGUUCUCCAGAUA